AUGACCGACUCACCUCAUACUCCAAUAAAUUUAAUAAAUUCAAAUCCAACUUCAAAUUCAACUUCCAUAUAUAAUCAACUAUUGAAAUCCCCUUUGAAUUUCGAUUCUGAUAUAGAUGAACAAGAUGAAAGUCAUCAUCUUCUACAGUUUGAACAACCAUUUGAUCAAUCACCAAGUUCCAAUUCAGAAAAUGUUGAAAUAAUGAUUAGUAACUUGAUGAUAGUAUUGGAAGAUCCUCAAAAAGAUGUCAACAAACAACAGAUUAAAACAAUAUUACAAAAAUGCUUAAUAACAAUAUCUCAUUAUAAAUUACAGAAUGAGAUCUUGAGGUUUGAAAACAAUGAAGUUAAUAAAAGAAAUGAUGUUGAAAAUGAUUUAAUCAAGAGACAAGUUGAUUAUUUAUUGAAAUCUCCAUUCAAACCAUCAGAUGAAUCAUCAAUAACUCAUGAAGAAACUACAGUCCAACCUAAGAAACAGAGAAGAAGUUCUUCAAGAGUGAAAAAACCAACAACUGGUGCAAAGAACUUAAAAUUGGUUGAAAAAUUUAACAAUCAUCCUGAUAAAUUAAAUGAAUUCAAUAAUUGUAUUAAAGUGUUUCAUUUAGAAAAAAACUGA